AUGCCGGGCGGCGGCGGCGGUGGCGGAGGCGGGGGGCUGGGGAAGGUGAAGGCGGGGAGCCGGCCGCCGUGGGUGGGGCUGGCGGCGGCGGUGUGGGUGCAGGUGGCGGCCGGCAGCGCCUACGUCUUCCCGCUCUACUCCCACGCCAUCAAGGAGGCGCUCGGCUACAACCAGAAGUCGCUCACCAUGCUCGGCGUCGCCAACGACGUCGGCGAGAACGUGGGGCUCGUCCCGGGCGUGCUCGCCAACCGCCUCCCGCCGUGGCUCAUCCUCCUCAUCGGAUCCGCCUGCGCCUUCUUCGGCUUCGGCACCGUCUGGCUCGCCGUCACAAAGACCGUCGCCAUGCCCUACUGGGUGUUGUGGAUAGCUCUAUGUAUUGGCACAAACAGCAGUGCAUGGUUGGGCACUGCGGCCCUUGUGACCAAUAUGAGGAACUUUCCUCUGAGUCGAGGAACUGUUGCUGGUCUCAUCAAAGGUUAUGUUGCUGUUAGUGCCGCUGUCUACACGGAAGCAUUUAACGGAAUGCUUAACAAUUCGCCCACGAACCUUUUGCUAUUGCUUGCUUUGGGGAUCCCGAUAGCAUGUGUUCUGGUGAUGUAUUUUGUUAGGCCUUGCACCCCAUCGCUCGACGAGGACAAUUCAACAGAGCACAGUCACUUCGUGUUCACACAAAUCUCUAGUGUCGUUCUCGGUGCAUAUCUGAUGGUAGCGACAAUACUCGGUGAUACUUUGAAACUAAGUGCAACUAUUACCUACCUUCUGUUUGGUAUAAUGAUACUUCUGCUCCUUUCUCCACUUGCAAUACCGAUAAAAAUGACACUUUAUCCAAGCAAACCAAAAGAUGAAAAGCCCAGCACCAUUGUUCCAUCUUAUUCAACAGACAGUUUGUCUGGUGCGGAUCAAGAGAGUGCAGAACCACUUCUGCGUGGCACAUCAAAUACUUUUGGUACAGGCACCAAUGAUUCUGAUGAGGCGACGGAUGUGGAUCUUCUGCUUGCUGAGGGUGAGGGAGCAGUUAAUUUGAAAAGGAGAAAAGGGCCAAGAAGAGGGGAUGAUUUCACAUUCGGUGAAGCCUUAGUCAAGGCAGAUUUCUGGCUGCUGUUCAUUGUAUACUUUUGUGGCGUUGGCACUGGUGUCACUGCUCUGAAUAACCUAGCUCAGAUUGGAAUUGCUGUUGGUGCUAAUGACACAACCGUUUUGUUGUGCCUCUUCGGCUUCUGCAACUUUGUUGGCCGUAUCCUUGGUGGAUCUGUCUCUGAAUAUUUCGUAAGGUCAAGAAUGCUUCCUCGUCCUUUCUGGAUGAUGUGCACACAAAUCAUUAUGGUGGUAACCUUCCUCCUUUUCGCAACUGGUCUCCAUAGCCUGAUAUAUGUUUCAACUACACUCCUGGGGAUAUGUUACGGGGUCCAGUUUGCCGUCAUGAUACCAACAGUCUCGGAGCUUUUCGGUCUGAAGGACUUCGGGCUGAUGUACAACUUCAUGCUCAUGGUGAACCCGAUCGGCGCGUUCUUCUUCUCAGCCCUUCUUGCUGGUUAUAUCUACGACAAGGAGGCAGCUAGGCAGAACCCGGGUGUGCUGGACCCUUCAAACUGCUUUGGGCCUGACUGUUUCAGGCUUACCUUCUACGUCUGUGCCAUCGUGUGUUGCUGUGGAACCUUGAUCUGCCUGUUUUUCAUUGCGAGGAUCAAGCCAGUUUAUCAGAUGCUAUACGCUAGCGGAUCAUUCAGACACCCUCGACAUCAGCAGCUCUACUGAUG